CAGUCUCAAUUCCGUUCCCACAGAUCUUCACCGGCCGCCGCCAAACAAGCCUAAGUUACUCUCUUCCGCCGCCGCCUCCUCCUCCUCCAGUCCCAGACCGAAAGUCUUCUAUUGCCUUCAAGUUUCCGAUAAACUAGGAAAUUAAAUAAGGGUUUUUGACUUGUUCUCAGAUGGGGAAAAACGAUUUCUUAACCCCCAAAGCAAUCGCAAAUCGAAUCAAAGCCAAAGGUCUCCAGAAGCUGCGAUGGUACUGUCAAAUGUGUCAAAAGCAAUGCCGAGAUGAAAAUGGAUUCAAGUGCCACUGCAUGAGCGAAUCUCACCAACGCCAAAUGCAAAUCUUUGGGCAAAACCCUGACCGGAUUUUAUCUGGCUAUUCCGAAGAGUUUGAAAGGAACUUUCUUGACCUUAUGAAAAGGAGCCACCGUUUCAGUCGCAUCGCAGCCACUGUCGUUUACAAUGAGUUUAUUAAUGAUCGACAUCACGUUCAUAUGAACUCGACACAGUGGGCUACGUUAACGGAGUUUAUUAAGCAUUUGGGAAGGACUGGGAAGUGUAAGGUUGAUGAGACGCCCAAAGGUUGGUUUAUUACCUAUAUUGAUAGAGAUUCAGAGACCCUUUUUAAGGAGAAAAUGAAGAACAAAAGAAUUAAGUUAGAUAUGGUAGAGGAAGAGAAGCACGAGAGGGAAAUUCAGAAGCAAAUUGAGAAAGCUGAGCAGUUAAAAAACCCUUUGGAAGCUGAGGAGAAUGAACAAAAGGCUGUAAUCAAAGAGUUAAAUUUAGACAGUGGAAUGAAAAUAGGGUUUUCUUUAGGAGGGGGAAGUGCUGCAAAAGCAGAAAAAGGUGAGAGUUCCAGUAAUGCUCGGCUGGUUUUUGAAGAGGAAGAGAACGAGAAGAUGAAGGCGAAGGCGAAGAUUGAGAGGAAGGAAAAUAGUGGGAGAAAAAGUGCUCUGGAAGAGUUGAUAAGAGAAGAAGAGAAGCAAAAAGAGAGGAGUAAUAGGAAAGACUAUUGGCUCUGUGAGGGCAUCAUCGUGAAGGUGAUGAGUAAGGCAUUGGCUCAGAAAGGGUACUACAAGCAGAAGGGAGUUGUGAAGAAAGUUAUUGAUAGGUAUGUGGGGGAAAUCGAAAUGCUUGAGAGUAAGCAUGUGUUGAGAGUUGACCAGGAAGAGCUUGAAACUGUGAUUCCACAAAUUGGGGGUGUGAUAAAGAUAGUAAAUGGGGCGUAUCGUGGGUCAACUGCAAGGUUGUUGGGAGUGGAUACAGAGAAGUUUUGUGCAAAGGUGCAGAUUGAGAAGGGAAUCUAUGAUGGCAGAGUGCUCAAGGUCAUCGAGUAUGAAGAUAUUUGCAAAGUUUCUCAGUGAGUUGUUCCCAGAAUUCUGGUUUGU